GGUCCCUCCUCCUCGGCAGUUCCAUGGAACUAGCUUGCUGAAUUGAGCAAAGUUUUGGAGCUCGGGGGGGUUUCGUGCGGCCGUCGGGGCAGACUCUUCCUCUGUCAGUCACCUUCCUCUCUCCGGCUGUGUCGUGCUCGGUCAGGGCGUUCAUGACGGUUGCUGACGGGGACACUUUAGCGCUCAUCAUGCCUGUCCGAGCAGAGUGCUGCAGUACCACCGGCCCGGCCUGCCCAUCCUCGGCCUCCCUUGUUCCCCCAGCCCCGAUCAACACACACCAGCCCGGGGUGACCACCUCGCUACUGUACAGCGGCUCGCAGUUUCGGGGCUACCAGAAGAGCAAAGGCAACUCCUACGACGUUGAGGUUGUUUUGCAGCAUGUGACUGUGGAGGACUCAUAUUUGUGUGGUUACCUGAAGAUCAAAGGCCUGACUGAGGAGUAUCCCACUCUCACUACGUUCUUUGCUGGUGAAAUUAUCAGUCGAAAAAGGCCCUUUUUAACCAGGAAGUGGGACGCGGAUGAAGAUGUGGACAGAAAGCACUGGGGCAAGUUCAAACCUUUUUACAAAUAUGCCAAAAGCUUCAACUCGGACGACUUUGACUAUGAAGCGCUGGACAACAGCGAUUAUGUCUUCAUGAGAUGGAAGGAACAGUUUCUAGUUCCAGACCAUACUAUCAAAGACAUCAGCGGCGCCUCUUUUGCUGGCUUCUAUUACAUCUGUUUCCAGAAGUCCACAGCCACUAUCGAGGGGUACUAUUACCACAGGAGCUCAGAAUGGUACCAGUCUCUAAACCUAAACCACGUUCGAGAGCACAGUAUGCCUAUCUAUGAAUUUCGGUGACAAAAGCAUGCCUGAGUUCAGUCAAGGAGGGGACAGUCCAUGCUGCCCUGCGGUUAAAUUGGACGAGAGCGACAGAGAGCCCUUUAGUGCCAAGACUGGAGCUGACCCGUUUUCCUCGCUGCAGGGAAAUCAACAUGUGGUCGGACACUCUUCUGGUGGACUGAAAUAAGGAAGGCACAGAGAGAGAAGAGUUGUAAGGAUCAGUGACAGACAGACAGCUCUUACAGAUACUGUAGAGCUGAUGUUAGCCUCAGAUUUCUUUUUUCUUUUUCUACAUUUUAUUUAAGCUUCCUUUACUUGGCACUCUCAUAGGAUCUGUGUCCCUAUAGUUGGACAAAAUACGUUUUUCCAGCAGUGGCGACACUACAACAUGUUUGCCAUUCAGUUAAGAUUUGUGAAAGAAAAGUUGUUUGUUCAGUAAAGCUUAAUUCUUUUAAUUUACAUAUAAAAUACCUUUCUCACGUCACUCUGAUGUCCCAGAGUGAUUAACGGUAUGAUGGUUGUUGCCAAAAGGGUGCAAGAGAAGCAGUGAUGAGUAGUGAUCUGCUUUUUUACGCAGGGCCUGUAAGUUAUGGUCUGUCGCUCAGGGAUGGCGUGUUAGGGCAACGUAUAUGUCAUGACUGAAACCCAACAGCUGAUUGUGGGAGUUGGCUGAGUUUGGUUCACAGAGACGUUAAUCUCUGAACAUGUCAUUAAUAGCCUCAUUUUUAAAAGAUCCUCUAAAGAUAGCUGUUGCUACAAAAAGUCUGAAGAUGACUUCACACCUAAUUUCCUCUAUGCAAACCAAAGCUCACUAAUAGGUAGGAUUUCUAACACCGCCUGACUUAUUUUAGUUUCAGAUUAUUUCUCUGCCAGAGUGAUUUAUUUAUAUUUUUUAAUAAAGACUGACCUUAAGUGGAAAUACAUAGGAAAUAAAUAGAUCUAUUUAAUUACAAUGACCAGCGUUUGAAGCUCAGAUAUGUGACAGCACAUUCCAAACAUCAAAGAUGUCAAAGGAGACCUAUUAUGCUAUGUUUUUUUUUCCUUUCCCUCAGUGUUUUAUAAAGGUUGUCAUGCAUUUAAAAGAUCUUGAAAGUUUAAAAGGUCAAAGUCUGCACCAACAGAAGCUCCUCUCUCCGACAGAAAGUACUGCUUCUCUGAAUGCCUCAUCAGUAGUCCCGCCUUUAACUUUGUGACAUCACAUUGCGUCAUUGUGUCCCACAGUUGUGUAAUUCAUGCCUCAUGGCUAGUUUGGCCCCUCAGAAAUGAUUUAGCACCGCUGCUCUGUUGUUGUUAGUGGUGCUGGCUCAAACAUGUGUGAGCUGACCAAUCAGAAGAGACUGGGAAUUCACAAGGGGGCCUUUAAGAGACAGGAGCUAAAACGGAGGGAGAAUUACAGCGAUGUAACACUGGACAGUGAGAGCUGAUGUGUUUUUUGAGCACUAAAGCAGUAGUAACCUAAAAUAAAACGAUGAACCUGAAAAUAAGCAUAAUACGUCUCCUUUAGGAUUUUAGUUUCACAUCACAUAAGAGGCAUCGACGGACAGUCGACGUGAAGAAUUGAGAUUUCAUGGCAUGUGCAGUUGGACUGACUGGAAAAGUUGAGAUAUAACAUAGCGAAAACUGUGCAGUGAUUUGAAUGUUAAUCGUCAAUUCUGCCUGUGGAUUAAAUCUUCCUAAUGUUUGACCUUUCUGCAUAAUUUCCAUCUUUAGAAACAGUUAAACGUGGCUGAAUGUGUCGAUUUGACCGCCUUGUUCUCUUGACCUUAAAAACAUGAAAAGCGUCACAUGACGUGCUUAUCUACGAUGUGUUGCUGUUCUGUCCUCAGUGGAAAAUAUUGAGCGAAGAUGCACCUUUUUGUGGAGACGAGUCUAAAGUAGAAAGAAGAAAACCUCCUUUUGACGCUUUAGGAAAAACCUGCUGCCUUACAGUUUUAAAUGUUUGUAAUGCUUCCUUUUUUUUUAACAACAAAUGUUUAGGUUAGUAAAGUUUUAUUUGAACAAAAUGAUGAAAGUAUAUUUCUGUGUUUGAGUGAAAUUGUGCAAAAAAAAAUGUCGGAACUUUUGAUCAACCACCUGUGGAUUCUUGGAGUUUCUCUGGAAAGGGUUGAUGUAAAAGAGAGUGCCUGUACUCCACCCGCCUCUUUGCUGCUUAUGAACCUAAAACCUUUCAGCUGCAGCACGACAGGCGGAUGUGACGGGUUUUUGUGGGAAUACUGUAUAACGUACAGCUUCUUUUAUGUUAACCCAAGGAAGAAGACUGAAGUCGUCAACAGUCUGAAUGGCUUCUAAAUAAUUUUCUUCUUUUUUUUAAUAAUCAUGUAAAAGCAAACAAAAUGUGCAAUGCAAGAAUGCAUGUGAGAGUGUGUCAUUGAAAGUCUUGACUGAAUAACACCCGAUUUAAGAAGUUUAAAGAAGAUGAUGUAUGAUAAAUCUGUUAUGAGUGCAAUGUGUGAGGAGAAAUAAAGAGUGAACUAUUUCAUA